AUGGCAACUGUCAAAGACUCAAUUCCACAUAUUAUCAGGACCGCUGAAGAUCCUCGACAAAAUGGUGUCUGGUCUGGGCGACUGAGCAGGAUAGAGCAGGUCAAUUCCAAGAUUCGUUUAUUGAGACUCAGUCUCUCACGAGAUGGACCCCCCUUACGCCACCUCCCAGGACAGUACCUAGACCUAUACAUCCCCAAUGUCGAUGUCGUGGGUGGCUUCACCAUUACCUCGCCACCCCAAUCCUCUCUUCAAGUCCAGGAAGAUCCUCACAUUGAACUGGCAAUCCAGUCUUCACCCGGGAACCCACCAGCGGCAUAUCUCUGGCGGCCGAUAUCAGAGAUCCUCGACUCCACCGUCACAUUCCGGGUGGGCGGAAACUUUGUCUACCCACCUCUCACAUUGAAUCGGGAGCAAUGUGAGAAUCUGGACAGAGCUGUGUUUGUCGCUGGAGGAGUGGGGAUAAAUCCCAUCAUGAGCAUGAUUUCCGCCAUGCAUGAAUUGGGCACACAAAGCCGACUAGGAGGCAUGCUUCGAACUGUGCGAGUGCUGUACACGUCGAGAAGAGAAAAGACACAAAAUGGUGAGGGAGAAGACAUUCUAUUUGAAAAGAGAUUGAACGACAUUGCACAGGCGUGGCGCGAUCACAAGGAAGUGGACUACAAGUAUACUCUCUUCGAAACAAGCGGGGAGGGCGUCCGAGAAUACAAGAACACCGGCAACGUUGCAUGCCAUGGUAGGCGGAUAAAACAGGAAGACCUUCUUGAAGCCAUAGGACCAGAAGGCAGCCGAGAGAAUACUGUUGUCUAUGUCUGCGGACUGCCCACGAUGACUGAUGAAUUUGUGGCUUUCCUAAAGCAAGCACCGGGGAUGGACGAGAACAGGGUGCUCUGCGAGAAAUGGUGGUAA